AUGGAAACCAAGACUUUACCUCUGUACACAGCGAAACAGCUGCAAGAACAUAGCUCAGCCAAAGAUUGCUGGGUUUCCUUGUACAACCGGAAACUCUACAACGUCACCAAGUUUCUAGACGAACAUCCAGGCGGACCGGAACUGAUCCUGGAACACGCCGGUAAAGACAUCACGGAAGUGCUGAAAGACGCGACGUUGCACGAGCACUCGGUCACCGCGUACGAGGCGCUGGACGAGAACUAUCUAGUGGGAUAUCUGGCGACUCCAGAUGAAGAGAGCAAGCUGCUCAACCCGUCCGGAGCUGCGCCUCCGGUGGAGGUCAGAUUGCAGGACGACUACGAUUCCACCGUGUUCGUACCAGAAGUGCCCUCGGAGGAGAAACUCAGCAUCGUCACCGACUACUCGCGCGACUUCACGCGUCACAAGUUCCUGGAUCUCAACAAGCCGUUGCUGAUGCAGAUGCUGCGUGCAGACUUCACCAAGGAGUUCUACCUGGACCAGAUCCACCGUCCGCGCCACUACGGCCGCGGGUCGGCGCCGUUGUUUGGAAACUUCCUCGAGCCACUUUCCAAGACGGCCUGGUACGUGAUUCCUAUCGUAUGGUUCCCUGUGAUCCUGUACCACAUCUACACCGCGUUCCAGCACAUGAACAGGCCGUUUGCCACCUUCCUGUUUGGCGUGGGGCUCUUUGUAUGGACGCUCAUCGAGUACGGCAUGCAUCGCUUCCUCUUCCACUUGGACGAGUACUUGCCCAACAACCAGAUCGCUUACACUCUACAUUUCCUGUUGCACGGUGUCCAUCACUAUUUGCCCAUGGAUAGAUAUAGACUUGUGAUGCCACCAACGUUGUUCGUGUUGCUGUGUACCCCAUUCUACAAGCUGGUAUUUGGUCUGCUGCCUCAUUACUGGGCCUGUGCCGGGUUUGCGGGCGGCAUGUUUGGCUACAUGUGCUACGACUUGACACACUAUUUCUUGCACCACGCAAAACUCCCCACUUACUUGCAAAAACUCAAGAGAUACCAUAUGGAGCACCAUUACAAAAACUACGAGCUAGGUUUCGGCGUUACCUCUUGGUUCUGGGACAACGUCUUUGGCACUUACCUGGGCGAGAAUGCCCCGCUAUCCAAGAUAAAGUUCGAGUAG